AUGGAGAGUCCUAUAUCAAUCAGUCCCAAUACCAGCCCUGAGAGUGACAUGGAGAGUCCUAUAUCAAACUGUCCCAAUACCAGCCCUGAGAGUGACAUGGUGAGUCCUAUAUCAAACUGUCCCAAUACCAGCCCUGAGAGUGACAUGGAGAGUCCUAUAUCAAACUGUCCUAAUACCAGCCCUGAGAGUGACAUGGUGAGUCCUAUAUCAGUCUGUCCCAAUACCAGCCCUGAGAGUGACAUGGAGAGUCCUAUAUCAAACUGUCCCAAUACCAGCCCUGAGAGUGACAUGGAGAGUCCUAUAUCAAACUGUCCCAAUACCAGCCCUGAGAGUGACAUGGAGAGUCCUAUAUCAAACUGUCCUAAUACCAGCCCUGAGAGUGAUAUGGAGAGUCCUAUAUUAAACUGUCCCAAUACCAGCCCUGAGAGUGACAUGGAGAGUCCUAUAUCAAACUGUCCUAAUACCAGCCCUGAGAGUGACAUGGAGAGUCCUAUAUCAAACUGUCCCAAUACCAGCCCUGAGAGUGACAUGGAGAGUCCUAUAUCAAACUGUCCUAAUACCAGCCCUGAGAGUGAUAUCCCUGAGAGUGACAUGGAGAGUUCUAUAUCAGUCUGUCCCAAUACCAGCCCUGAGAGUGACAUGGAGAGUCCUAUAUCAAACUGUCCCAAUACCAGCCCUGAGAGUGACAUGGAGAGUCCUAUAUCAAACUGUCCCAAUACCAGCCCUGGUGGAUUCAAGGAAAUGACAAGUCACCAAAUAGAAACAACAAUCCAUCAGGAUGUGGAUCAAAAUGUGGAUGUGGAUCAGGAUGUGGAUCAGGAUGUGGAUCAGGAUGUGGAUCAAGAUGUGGAUCAGGAUGUGGAUGUGGAUCAGGAUGUGGAUCAGGAUGUGGAUCAAGAUGUGGAUGUGGAUCAGGAUGUGGAUCAGGAUGUGGAUGUGGAUCAGGAUGUGGAUCAGGAUGUGGAUCAAGAUGUGGAUGUGGAUCAGGAUGUGGAUCAGGAUGUGGAUGUGGAUCAGGAUGUGGAUCAGGAUGUGGAUCAGGAUGUGGAUCAAGAUGUGGAUCAAGAUGUGGAUCAAAAUGUGGAUGUGGAUCAGGAUGUGGAUCAGGAUGUGGAUCAGGAUGUGGAUCAGGAUGUGGAUCAAGAUGUGGAUCAGGAUGUGGAUCAGGAUGUGGAUCAGGAUGUGGAUCAGGAUGUGGAUGUGGAUCAGGAUGUGGAUCAGGAUGUGGAUCAGGAUAUGGAUCAGGAUGUGGAUGUGGAUCAGGAUGUGGAUGAUGUGGAUCAGGAUGUGGAUCAGGAUGUGGAUCAGGAUGUGGAUCAGGAUGUGGAUCAGGAUGUGGAUGUGGAUCAGGAUGUGGAUCAGGAUGUGGAUGUGGAUGUGGAUCAGGAUGUGGAUGUGGAUCAGGAUGUGGAUCAGGAUGUGGAUCAGGAUGUGGAUCAGGAUGUGGAUCAGGAUGUGGAUCAGGAUGUGGAUCAGGAUGUGGAUCAGGAUGUGGAUGUGGAUCAGGAUGUGGAUCAGGAUGUGGAUCAGGAUGUGGAUCAGGAUGUGGAUUAUAGUAUCAAGUCAUCCAAGCAGAGUAAUUGUUUACUCUGCUUGGAUGACUUGAUACUAUAA